AUGGUUCAUGCGCGCCUGGUGCGGAGUGGAACAAGGCAUUCUGGCCUGCAAGAAUCAGAAAGAGCAGCAGCAGCAGGAGCAGGAGCAGCAGCAGCAGCAGCAGCAGCAGCAGGAGCAGCAGCAGGAGCAGCAGCAGGAGCAGGAGCAGCAGCAGCAGCAGCAGCAGCAGCAGCAGCAGCAGCAGCAGUAGCAGCAGCAGCAGCAGCAGCAGCAGUAGCAGCAGCAGCAGCAGUAGCAGCAGCAGCAGCAGGAGCAGCAGCAGCAGUCGCGUUGCCUUGCUCUUUCACCCACCACAAACCCGCCUUCUUCAGCGCCUCAAUCUUAGCGCCCUUCCCUUUGACAUAG